GCGAUCGUCUCUCGGAGCGGUCCGCGUCGCGCGGUCGGAUGCGCGCGCUCUGCUCACCUUUCAUCCCUGGAAAGCACGGGCGCUCGUCGGCGGCUCUUCCUGGACAGGAGCGGGACUGAAACCACCUGUCAGCCGCAGUUCUGACACUGUGCACGAGUGUCCCGAUUACCGCACGGCUGGAAAGAAUUCCUGCUUCUUCAACAAGAAUGACACGUCCAUUUGGGUCAACUACAACAUCACCGUUGUGGCCACCAACGCUCGGGGAAGCACAUUUUCCGACCCGGUCGACAUCGAUGUUGUCUACAUAGUCAAGCCCAACGCCCCAGAGAAGUUAACGGUGAAUAUUACCUGGAACAAAAACUUGCCCUACCUUCGAGUGUCCUGGGAGCCCCCACAAAAAGCUGACACCCGCUCUGGUUGGAUCACCCUCAUCUACGAGCUCCGAACCAAGCUGGAAGGCGAGGAUGAAUGGGAGGAACACCCUGCCGGCCAACAGAAAGUGUUUAAGAUUUACAGCCUUCGCUCAGGUGGAGCGUACCUGGUUCAGGUGCGCUGUAAGCCCGAUCAUGGCUUCUGGAGCGAAUGGAGCGACUCAGCCUACAUCAAAGUGCCUGACUAUAUCCAUCAGGAAAAGUCUAUGUGGAUCCUCAUCAUGAUCUUCUCUGUUUUCAUCUUUCUCAUCCUCAUCUGGGUCAUACAUGUGAACAGCCACACCCUGAAGCACUGCAUUCUGCCUCCGAUCCCUGGACCUAAAAUCAAGGGAUUUGAUAAACAGCUUCUCAAGAAUGGAAAGUCCAGGGAUGUCUUCAGCUCCCUGGUAGUGUCUGAUUUCCCUCCAACCACAACUAGCUAUGAGGACUUUCUUGUGGAGUACUUAGAGGUGUAUGUCCCAGAGGAGCAAGAGCUGAUUCUGGAGGAGAACAAAAACCUACCUGAUGGCAGCCUUAAAUUUGAAUGCUCCACUUCGGACAGCGACUCCGGUCGGGGCAGCUGUGACAGUCGCACGCUGCUCGUGGAUCAGCAGAGUGGUCGAAUGGAGAUGGAUUUAAAAAGGCCCAAGAAAUCCCAAGAGGACAAAUGUCUAACAUAUUCUCAUGCAAGCGUGGGUAGCCCUGAUACGCCUGGUGAGAAGGUGAAGACCUGGUCCUCAUUGUUGUCUCCACAGACUGAGAAUAGGCCAGGCCCUCUGAACCAACCACACUCACCUGAGAUGACCAAACUGCACUGCCUUUCUGACAACCUGUACCCCACAGGUGCUCUAUCUUCUCACUUUGCUCCACCUGGCCACAACGAGGUUCAUAGGUUAAACUAUCAAGAGUAUAGCUGUGGCAACACGCACCCUCAUGUUUUCCAUCCCCAGACGGGGGCCCAUCAGUAUCUUCAGGCCAACUGUGAUGCUAAUAUCAGCCAGAAAGUAGCGCCUGCCAGCCUUCAGCUGCCCUCUGUUCGGUCCACUGAGUACGUUGAAGUCCAGAGAGUCAACGAUGCGAAUAUGGUGCUUCUCCACCCUGUUUCUUCAGAUUCAGAAAAGGACUGUCCUGAAAGGCGUCACGCUGAGGAAUACAGCAAGGUGAAGGGGGUGAAUAAUAAUAACAGACUGCUGCUGCUCCAGAGAAAGGUUUCUGUAGAGGAGAUGGACAUUUGCUCUUAUGAGGACCAGCAGACGAGUGGACCAACUGAUAGUGGAUACACAGCUUCCAUCAGUGCUGCCCCGCAGAAAUCUGCAGCCUGCAUUCACCCUGCUAUGCAAGUCCUGGACGACAGGGCAGCCAGCGGUUACGUGGACACCUCAAUGCUCCCCCUGCCCACAUACUAAACGCUGCAGCUCAACUGGCAACUGUGGGACGUUACAAGAGGCAUGCUUUAGGCACGGGGACAAAGAGAAAUAAAAUCAAAUAAACACUGGAUGUUGCAAAAAUUACGUUUUGGCAUUACUUAAUUAGCAUUAUUUAUUUUUAUUCUGAGCACUUAAAUUUUGAAUUAUUAAAAUGAUUUGUUUGAAAGAUUUAACAAUUCAUUCAGCUUCAGGGAAAAAAAACCCGAAAUUAUAGAAUGUAUGUGGUACUGCUACAUGUUUCUGUUUUGAUUAUAUGACAAAUCUUUUUUCUUUACCUUUCCAAAAAAAGCUGCUUGUUGCAUUCUGUUUCUGUACAGACAGACGGUAAAUUAAAAGAAAGGAACCCAAAGGGGAUCUAUGACUCUGAGGCUUUUUAUACAGAUCUCUCUGUGGAGGGAAGAGUUUCUGCAAAUCAAUGCAACAUUGUUCUUCGUGAUUACAUCUGCUGUGCAAGGAGCCAUUUGCACGCCGAUGAGACAUCAUCCCAGUUGAAAACCAGUGGGAAAUAAAUUGUCCGACAGUUUAGAAAGUUUCCACAAGAAAAUGACUGAAACACUAAAUGACUUUUGGAAGAUUUAUACAAUUUAUAUUUCAUCAUGCCAGUAUAGUUUUUAAAUAAAAACUCAUUUUAAGCUGCUUUAUUUUGGUUUAUACAUGUUUUUUUGUUUUUUUUGCAUAUGGCUGUUUAAAAGUUUAACACACACACACACACACAC